CAUUUGCAUUAUAUAUUCAGAGCAUAAGGGAAACAUAGUUGUUAACCGUUCAUUUUCACUCUCUCUCUCUUCCUCUGUAGAUUUGGUUUGUGUGUGGUAGCUUCAUCGUCCCCACUGAAUAGUGAGGGGAAGCAUAGCACCCCACCAUCCUAUUUCACUCUCCCAAUCAUGCCUUCAGGUGCUAAGAAGAGAAAAGCGGCUAGGAAAAGGAAGGAAAAGGAAAACAAAACCAAUCCAUCAACCAACAAUCCCCAAGGAAAUGGUGGUUUGAAGUCAAUAGGGGAGGACGGAAGUGAUGGUGGUGAGGGUAAUUUUCCUGCCUAUAACGGACAUGAUGACCAGCAUAAUCCAUUCAAAGAUGGAAGUGAAGAACUGCAAUCUGCUGCACAGCCGCAUGCUUCUGAUGUCGAGUCCUUGAAAGUAGUCUCUAGUGAUGUCAAGAUUGACCAAGUGUUUGGAGGAAAGGAGGACUGUGUUGUUUUGGUGGAGGGAAGUUUGAAGUCUGAGGAGAGUUCUGAGAGCAAAAGUAUAAGUUUUGAGCACCAUGAGACCGCCAAAGAAUCAUAUGUUGAAAAUGAGAAUGCGAAUGAGAAUGGCAGCGAUACUUCACUGGGUGAAUCCCUCUCCGAGAAGAACUCGAACAAUGGAAAUUUUAUUUCAGUCGAAGAGGCAGUUGUUUGUCAUCUGUCUGUUAAGUCUAAUGAUUCUGUGUCCAAGGUAGAAAACAGUGAUAGUGGAAGUGUAGUACUAGAUAAGCCAGUAGUUCAUCCUGAAGAAGUGAACAAUCUCGCUAUGAAGUUAAAUGAGGAUAAUGUAUACUCCUUAACCAAUGAGAAUGAGAGAACAUUAAGUAUGGAGGAGCCUAAGCUAAAGGAAUGUGAUAGUAACACUUUAACUCCAGUGUCUGCUAGUGCUUUCACCAAAUUUACCAAUGGUGCAAAGCAUAUUAAGGAUUGUGACCUCGCAGAACGUUCCAAGAAUCAGCCUCAUGCAGCAUUGGCUCCAAACGUGGCGCAAAAGACUUCGUGGUUGAGUUGCUGUGGAUUGUUUGAAGUUCUCUCCAGCUCAAAUAGAUAAUUUCAGAAAUACAAGCGAGAGUAUCUAUACUGAUGGGUCAAACUUGUGAAGACUUAGAAGCAUUUUUGUCCAAAAUUUUGCUAUAUGUUGAUACAGAUUAUCUCCUUUGAAGAUUUUCUAAAAUAUAGCAGGCAACCAGACCAAACUGUAUAAUCCAUACAACGUUUGUUUACAUUACAAUGGAUGUUUGUUUGUAGCUAUUGUUUAAGCAACAAUGACAAUCUCUCAAUGCUUUUGUUAAUUCUGCGCUCUGGAAUUAUUGUCUUAGUACGGUUUAUUUCA